AUGACGAAGAAGGUGUGGAAGGUCGUUGGAGCUGUUGAGCCACCAAGUGAUGUCCACAGAGGAACAGCCUCAGUAGAGAGAAUUGUUGACAAGAGGAAAAACAAGAAGGGAAAAACAGAGUAUUUGGUGCGAUGGAAAGGAUACGACAGUGAAGAUGAUACUUGGGAGCCAGAACAGCACCUUGUUAAUUGUGAGGAAUAUAUACAUGAAUUUAACAGACGCCACAAUGAAAAGCAGAAAGAAAGCACAUUAACCAGGACAAACAGGACCUCUCCAAAUAAUGCCAGAAAACAAAUUUCUAGAUCUACCAAUAGUUCUUUUUCAAAGACAUCUACUAAAUCUUUAGUUAUGGGUAAAGACCAUGAAUCAAAAAAUAAUCAACUCUUUUCUGCCACCCAGAAGUUCCGGAAAAACAAUUCCCCAUCUCUUUCUGGAAGGAAAAAUAUGGACCUUGCAAAAUCAGGUAUUAAAAUCCUAGUGCCCAAAAGUCCAAUUAAGAGCCGGACAACAGUUGAUGGCUUCCAGAAUGAAAGCCCGGAUAAAAUGGACCAUAUAGAGCAGGAACAAGAAGACUCUGUAGCACCAGAAGUAGCAGCAGAAAAACCAGUGGGAGCUUUAUUAGGACCUGGUGCAGAGCGUGCUAGGAUGGGGAGCCGACCAAGGAUACAUCCAUUAGUGCCACAAUUGCCAGUGCCAGUAACAGCCACAAUUGCAUCAGCAUUAACAAUAAAUGGAAAAGCAUCUCCCUGUAUUCUUCCCAGUGUUCUUUACUUCCUAUUUUCUUGUACAUCCACCUUUAUGGAAGCAUUAGCAGCCAAUGGUACAACCAACAUACAGACAUCUGUAACAGGAGUGACAGCCAGCAAACGGAGGUUUAUUGAUGACAGGAGAGAUCAACCUUUUGAUAAAAGGCUACGUUUCAGCGUGAGACAAACGGAGAGUGCGUACCGGUACAGAGACAUUGUUGUCAGGAAACAAGAUGGAUUCACACACAUUUUGCUAUCAACAAAAUCAUCUGAAAAUAAUUCACUAAAUCCAGAGGUAAUGAAGGAAGUCCAAAGUGCACUGAACACAGCAGCUGCAGAUGACAGUAAACUUGUGCUGUUCAGUGCAGUUGGUAGCAUUUUCUGCUGUGGUCUUGAUUUUAUUUAUUUUAUACGACGUUUAACAGAUGAUAGAAAAAAAGAAAGCACUAAGAUGGCAGAAGCUAUUAGGAAUUUUGUGAAUACUUUUAUUCAGUUUAAGAAGCCUAUCAUUGUAGCAGUAAAUGGCCCAGCCAUUGGACUUGGAGCAUCUAUAUUGCCUCUGUGUGACGUGGUUUGGGCCAACGAGAAGGCUUGGUUUCAGACACCAUACACUACUUUUGGACAAAGUCCAGAUGGAUGUUCAUCCCUUACAUUCCCUCGGAUAAUGGGCCUGGCUUCUGCCAAUGAAAUGUUGUUCAGUGGAAGGAAGUUGACUGCACAGGAAGCUUGUGCCAAAGGACUCGUCUCUCAAGUGUUUUGGCCGGGAACAUUCACACAGGAAGUAAUGGUUCGAAUUAAGGAACUUGUCACGUGUAAUUCAGUUGUACUUGAAGAAUCCAAAGCUUUAGUACGUAAUAUCAUGAAGGUAGACUUGGAACAAGCAAAUGAAAAGGAGUGUGAAGUUUUGAAGAAAAUCUGGGGCUCAGCACAAGGGAUGGACUCAAUGUUAAAAUAUCUGCAGAAGAAAAUUGAUGAGUUCUGAUGAGAUGCCCAUUGACACUGGAAUUGUAUUUCUUGGACAUCAGGGCAAAGAAGAUAUGCCCAUUUAAAAAAACCUAUGUAAACUCACCCCUUGCUCAGCUUGGGAACAGGAGUGGACACACACCCCACACCCCCCCCCUUUUAUUGUCAAGGGGUUUAAAAGUACUGUAUCACUUAAAUUUGAA